CGCCCUCGGCGACUGUGUCAGCAACAUCAAUUUUUUUGGACGCUUACACAUGUGACAGUACUCUGCCCAGUGACUGUCAUACACCAACGUCAAGCGUCAAGUUCAACAAUAACAACGAUCCAAUCUUGCAUUUAUCGUUCCAUAAAAUAAUGUUUAACUAAUAAACUUAAAACUUAUAAAUAAAUCAAUAUGUUAAUAAUUUUUAAGCGAUAAACAUAAAAUAUGAAUUAUCAAUUAAUGAUUCAUGUUUAAGUGAAGAUAUUAAAAAUAAUUGAUAAUAAUGUGGAAGUCUAAGGUGAUCACUGCCUCAAACCGUAUAUUUCCCGGAUUAAUAUAUCACGACUGGGAAAAACAAUACUGGGAUGCCGGACACCUAGUAAAGUCAAAUUUACCUCUUCAAAUGGCAUUAUAUUUUGAUAUAUGGUUCUUUCCGAUUUGGUUCUUUAUAAUUCUCCUAGGAUUAGAUGCAAAGUAUUACAAUUUAAGUGGAGUAUAUAAAUUCAUAAAUAUCAGCGUUUAUUUAUUGAUUACAUGCAUCGAAUGUCUUAAAUUAUACCUAGGAUAUCUAGGUAAUUUAUCUGAAAAGAUUCCAGAAUUAGCGAGUUUCUGGCUGAUAUCAGCGUUACUACAAUUCCCACUGCUGGUAUUUAUGUUACUAGAUGCUAAUAUAUUAAUAUUUUUUAUUGAAAAAGCAUCUACGGGAAUGAUGGUUUUAUUGCUCAUCUUUGAAAUUAUUACCGGUACUAUCGCACUUAAUAAUAUAGCUGCACAUCACUUGAAGAGAUUCUACAUGGCACAGCUUUGUGGACGUGUUAAUAAAUUUAAUUAA